AAUUGUUCAGCGAUUCUUGUCUUUUGUUAAAAGGGAGAUUAAAUUUCACUGCGUUUGAUAUUUCACACAACCUGUACUUCAACAAAUAUAUAACUCUUUUACAACUGCAGUAAGUCAAGUGAAGGUUUUAAUUAACUUGGAUUCGACUCUCCUGUUUUCUGCUUCCAAUGCGAAGUUUUCCCACCUUCAAGCUCUCUUGUCGCAUGAUUUAUGCCGAUAGCAGGAAUUGGAGAAUUCAAUAUGUUCAGAGUCACGAUUGGAUUCAUCUUAGUUCUGGUUUGCUUCGUUACCUUGCCCGCUAUUAGUUAUUCAAGUCAUAAAUCGAAAUUAGUCCGUCGGGCCCGUGAGAUCAGGCAAGAGCGACAAACGCGUGAACUCCGUCAGGCGCAUUCUAACGACACCAAAUGCCGAUACAAAAUGGCUCUUUUGGACGUGCCUCCAUAUAUAUUGAACACAGCUAAUAACAAGUCAAAUAGAGGGAUUCUGUACGAUACGCUCAAGUACGCUGUAAAUCACGCUUGUUUUAACGAAGAAAAGUACAUGGAAUCUCAUCUGAAAUGCUUCCAGGAUCCAAUAUCUGUAGGUAACUACGACGAGAUGAUCAAACUGAUUAAAGAAAAGCAAGUGGAUUUUGCUUUUCCUAUUCGGUCCGACAUGAAAGCUAAGCUGACGACUGAAACCAAUGUCACGCUCAUCCGGGCAUUUGUCUCACCCGGGUGUUCAUUGAUAGUGAAUACAAAGUUAUGCGAGCAGGAUUCUCGGAAACAGUUGAUGACUUCCAUCACGUCACAAUGGCCGAUAUUGGCUUGUAUCAUACUUUUGUCAGGAAUAUCUGGGGUUAUCAUUUGGCUUUUUGAACAUAGAGCAAAUGAAACGUACUUUUCACCAUCGUUUACAAUUGGAUCGCCUCAGGGGUUCUGGUGGGCAGUGGUAUCACUUACAACAGUAGGGUAUGGUGACAAAAUACCAGGGUCGAUUCCUGGACGGUUAUUUAGCAUAAUUUGGAUCCUUGUUGGAGCGAUAUUGUUAUCGCUGUUCACUGCCAUGGUCACAAAUGCUAUGAACACUGCUCUGGAUGGCUCAAAAUGCAAAGAUAUCAGCGGUAAAGAGGUUGGCGUGUUCAUCAAAAACACUGAUACGAAAAUUGUGGCAAAGCAGUACGACGCAAAGAUAAUCGAGUUUAGAAGCCUGCAAGAGAUGCAAGAAAAACUCAGCGAAGGAACCAUCGGAAGAGUCCUUGUCGAUCGAAACACUGCAUUUUACUUCCUCGAUAAAUCCGGACUGAAAAUGAACAGGCAGAUCCGAAUGAUUCGAAAUAUCGAUUAUCCGAUGGAUUAUUACUUGGUGCACGUAUACACAGGACCAGUGAACGUUACAAACGACACCGAUCCAGAAAUUGUCAAAAGAAAAAAAGUGGUGGAAUGUGGACCAGCAUUAAAGAAGUUUUCCACAACAUUGCGCGGAGAAAGUCUAAAGGCAUCAGGUGACCUGAUACCGGCAGAACUGCAGACGGCUGCCUUAUUUGAUCAAAUGGAUGGUUUAUUCUCAAGUGGCUCAGAAAUAACCCGGUUUAUCUUAUUUAGUCUUCUUGGGAUAUUCCUCGGACUUGUCAUCAUCGGGGUAUUUUGGGAGGGCUUGAAUUCCUGUAAUCCCGCGAUUCUAAAGAGGAAAGAUAUGCACAAGUGUGACCGAGGAAGCGAGGAAGAUCAUCCAGGCCACUUUAACAGGAAGAAAUUCGUGGUGGAGAAUUUUCAGGGUUUUGAAAAUAGACUCAAAGAAUUAUCCAACGACUUGCAGAAGAUUAAAAAAGACUUUGCUAAAGCUCUCUUAAUCCAGGAAAGUGAUGCACCUCAUGAAACACUGCUGCAAUAAGGCGAGAAAUUGUAACGUUUAAAUAGCUUUAUCUUAUUUUAGCUCAUUCCUAUGAGCUGAGUUUGUAAAUUAUUAGUAAUAACAUUGUAUCUAUAGGUUCUUCUUCACGAGAGAAUUCAUUGUUAUGUCAUUUAUCACAUUUUGACAGCCACCAAACUCUGUCCCCUAAUCUGUAGUAAUACUCCUCUUUAUGCUAAAGUGAAACCGGGAUAAGUUCCGGCUGAGUGGGUCACUUGGCUCGACGAUGGAGCCAAGGAAGGCCAGUUUUAAUCUUGUAAAAUUACCGUAUGGCUGUAUCCCAAACAAAAUCAAGUGUUGUCUCUCAUGAUCGAUAAUUUGUACAUAGAGGAGUUACCUUCUGAGAGUUGAAAAACAAAACCAAAGUUAUUAAAGCAACCAAUCAGAAGAACAGUUUACAUUAUCAUAUGCCAAAGAGAGCUUAAAGUGAAAAAAAAGCAAACUGCUUCGAGAAAAGGAAAAAUGGGAAUGAGCAAGUUGCAAAUGUAAUCUUGCAUCCGAUAGGUUGAGAGGAUGGCUCAAGUUUUCUGGGCCAAUCAACGAGCAGAGUUCAGCGAAAUUUAAGCAAUCGCGGAUGUCUUUUAUCAAUCAUCAAAUUCUACUUUUUCGACAGGCGUGUGGUAAUCUUUUAUAGUUGUUUAUAGUAUUUCAUUACUUAGAAUAAGAUUGUUUUAUUUUUACGCUAGUGAUAAGCUUGUAGAUUCUGUCUCUCGGGUUUCAAAAUAUUGUUUUACUAGGCACACUCUGUAAAGUGCUUUUGGACAUAUGGACAUAUGAAAAUGUGUGACAUAAAUGAUGAUGAUAAUGAAGAUAAUUACUAUUUUUGUUGUUAUAGGUUGGUCUCCUUAAGAUUAUUUGAAAUUACUUGAAAAUUUCAUUAUUUAAAGGGUUUUUUCUAACCAAUACAUACUACUAUAUUUUCCAGUUCACUCUGCAGCUAAAUAAUUGUGUAAUAGCGGAGCUUGGAUUGCAUGUCGCAUGUCUUCAAAAAUGAUGGUAAUAUCAUUGUAACCCAUCGAGCAGAGAAAAUUUUAUAGUCAAGAAACAGUUCUUUAUUUUACUUUGUACAGUACGUUUAUUUAUCAGACUUAUAAUCUGGUUUGUAUCAUAAACCAUUCCAUUCCAAUGUUUUGGUAGAAGCUAUUAUAUGUGUGUAUGUUUUACUGAUGCGGCUAUUUUCACGACACAAUUCAAAAGAAAUUAAACAAAAAAGGUUGAGCCAAGACGGUAAAGUUUGGUUUGUAGCGUGCACAUACAUUGUAAACUAUCAUCUUAGUAUUAUCAAUAUAAAUUUUAAUUCACUAAAAUUCUUUUCCAAUACAAUAUAGUAUA